AUGGACACCGGAAUUGCGCGCAAGACUUUUGAAUUUGCAAACAACAUUGUCGAAGUAGAUCCAGCACAUGAUCAACUUUACCAAUUUGAUAGCUCCGAGCAAUCGCAAAUACUCAAUGCAAAACCAUGGGCGACAGACCCUCACUACUUUAACAAAGUACAAAUUUCCGCGGUUGCACUAAUAAAAAUGGUGAUGCAUGCUAGGUCUGGAGGCAGUAUCGAAGUAAUGGGACUGAUGCAAGGAAAAAUAAGUGGGAAUACAAUGAUAAUCAUGGACGCGUAUGCAUUGCCCGUUGAGGGAACCGAGACUCGAGUCAAUGCACAAGAACAGGGUUAUGAAUACAUGGUUCAAUAUCUGACAUUAAUCAGACAAGUUGGACGUUUGGAGAAUGCAAUUGGAUGGUAUCAUAGUCAUCCUGGUUAUGGUUGUUGGCUUUCAGGAAUUGAUGUUACCACACAAAUGACAAAUCAACAAUAUCAGGAUCCAUUCGUGGCUGUCGUGAUUGAUCCUAAUCGAACCAUAUCGGCGGGUAAAGUUGAAAUAGGUGCAUUUAGGACAUUUCCGGCGGGAUAUAAAGCUCCUGAUGAUGGUCCUUCAGAAUAUCAAACUAUACCGCUGAGCAAGAUUGAAGAUUUCGGUGUUCAUUGCAAACAAUAUUAUCAACUUGAGAUUUCAAAUUUCAAAUCCACUUUAGACACACAUUUACUGGAAUUACUUUGGAACAAAUAUUGGGUUAACACAUUAUCGCAAUCACCUCUUAUUACAAAUCGAGAAUAUGCAGCCAGACAAAUUAAAGAUCUCGCGGAAAAACUAGAACAAACAGAAACACAAUUACAACAAAGUGGCAGAAUAUCGGGAUUUAUGAGUGGAGGUAGUGGUAGUCGUGCUCCGCAUCCUGCUGCAUUACAAUCCACCACUGCUACUUCACCAACUUCUUCAUCCGCAACAUCAUCGUCUGCAGCUGGCGCUCCCAGUAAUGCUGGUGUGUCUGCUGCGGCUAGCAAUACAACAUCAGAGAAAAAGAAAAUAGAAGAAAGUCCAUUAAGUAAAGUUACAAGGGACAGCACCAAAAUCACGGUUGAAGCCGCGCAUGGUCUAAUCUCUCAA